AUGUCCGACAUUUAUCAGAUAUGCUUCAUUCGCAACGUUGCGGCUGAGCUGGCCGACUCCGCCAUCGACUUUGCCGUCCAGGAACGUCCCAGCAAUGCCCCUGACGAGGAUCGCCUGGCUUUGUCUAGGUCACGUCUCUGGCGGACCGGCCGCGAGCUGCGCGUCCGCUUCCUCGACGGCUCGGCCAUCAUUCAAGGCCGCGUCCGCGCUUGCGCCGACGAGUGGCAGCGCUACGCCAACAUCAAGUUCAACUGGGUCGACUCGGGCGAUGCCGACAUCCGCGUCUCCAUCGGCGACGGCGGCGGGUCCUGGUCGUACCAGGGCACCGACAACGGGGUCAUCCCCCAGAAUGAAAAGACGAUGAACCUCGGCUGGCUGCACGACGACACGGAGGACCGAGAGGUCAGCCGUGUGGUGCUACACGAAUUCGGCCACGCCCUCGGCUGCCACCACGAGCACCAAUCCCCGGCCGCGAGCAUCAAGUGGAACGAGCAGGCUGCGUUCAGCUACUUCAUGCGCGUAAACGGCUGGACCGAGGAGCAGGUCCGCGCCAACGUCCUCAAUCUGUUCCCCGGCGAGGAGACCAACUUCUCAGCCUUCGACCCGCUGUCCAUCAUGCUGUACUCCUUCCCAGCGGAGCUGACGCUCGAUGGAACCUCGACCGAGUGGAACACAAGCCUCUCCGAGACGGACAAGGGGUUCAUGAGCAGGACCUACCCUAUCGAGGGCGGUAUGCUGGACGGCUUCAACACGACCGAGAUGCAGUCGCCGCCCAUGACGUCCCAGGAGCUCACAAAGCGAGCCAACUUCAGCUUCCCGGCGCCGCCCGUGCUAGCCGUGGGUCUCACCCAUCUCGAUGUCGACAGGGAGCGCAACGUUCGCGUGCGCGCCGUCGCCGAGCAGAUCAACAACAUCACGGCCGAGGUGCAUCUGAGCCAGUGGGGCGACACCAAGGCCUACUCCCUCGGGUGCGCCUGGGCGACCGUCGCCGCCGACGACCCAAACAUUCAGGUCGGCGAGUUCUCCACGACCGACGACCAUUCCUGGUGGGAGCCCAAGCCGGACACAGUCCGACGUAUCAACUUCCCGCGCGCCUGGGGCUCGGGCGCGCCUAGGGUCGCGGUCUGGUAUAGCAUGCUCGACCUGGACAGCGGCAAGAGCUUCUGGCAUACCGAGACGAAGGUGGAGAAUGUCACGGCCGAGGGAUUCAACCUCAUCAUCUCGGCGUACGGCGAUUCCGUAAUCUACGGCGGCACGGCGGUCUGGCUGGCCCACCAGCAAAACAGGGAGGGUCUGACGAAAGGGCACGUUGAACUGCCCGAUGGCACAUUCCAUGACCCUCCCAAGGUACUUGUCGCUCUGAGGGGGCUCAAGGUCAGCACCGACGCCAACUUGCGCCUCAAGGUGAACGUCAGCAACGUCAGCGCCACGGGCUUUGACUGGCACAUUGAUGGAUGGGCCGACUCGCUCAUCUUCUCGGGCACGGCUGACUACGUCUGCUUCGCUUGA